AUGAAUAGAGUAGCAUCAGCUAGUAAUUUGUCGAAACCUGUUGUGGUAACUAAAUGGAUAUAUAUUUUAUUCGGACUACUUAUCUUGUUUACAAUAACAACUAUUGCCCUUACGGGGGCCAUCUUAGGUGUAGUUAUUAAUCGUUUAGAUUCGAAGAAUACAAGUUCUCCUCCUACUAGUGAAUCACUUUCAUUUGUUGACCAAAUAAAAAUUGAGGAUCUAAUGAAACAUUUAGAACAACUUCAAGUUAUUGCUGAUCGAUAUAGUGGAACACGUGCAAUAGCAACAGGAGGAUUCAAUGAUACGCUAGACUAUAUUACAAGUCAACUCGAACAAAAUACAAACUUCAGUAUUCAACAUUGGUAUUUCACAGUUCGAAAUUAUAUCAUUCGAGGAACACCACAAUUACAAUCACGAAUUAAUGGAGUUAUGACAGACCAUGUUUAUUUGACAGAUUUUGCUCAGAUUUUGUUUUCAGCUGGUGCUAAUUUUAAUACGUUCGUUCAAGUAGUUCCUAUUCCAAAUUUAGGUUGUCGAGAUGCUGAUUGGACCAGUGUUUCAACAGUCGAUUCAGUUGCUUUAGUCAAACGAGGUGAUUGUUCAUAUUUAGAGAAGUCUAUAUUAGCUGAAAAGUAUCGUGUAAGAGGAUUACUUAUUUACAAUGAUGGAACAGCACCAGAUCGUUUUCAAACAAUACAAGGAGUGAGAAAUAAUUUGAAUACCACUAUUCCGGCCUACUUUCUAUCGUAUUAUGUUGGAAUGCAGUUGUUCAAUGCAGCAGGCAAUGCUGAUGUGAUUAUGAAUAUCAAUAUCAGUGAUGCAAAUGGCAUUGGAAAUAUUUGUGCUGAUACACAAACAGGAGAUAAAACUAAAACAAUUGUUGUUGGUGCUCAUAGUGAUGGAGUACCAGCAGGAAGUGGAAUCAAUGAUAAUGGUAGUGGUACAAUUGGUAUUUUAAUUUUAGCUCUUAAUUUAGCUCGUUUAUUUCAAACAUCUUCAUCGAAUUAUUCGCCGUAUCAAUAUCGUAUUCGAUUUUGUUGGUGGGGUGCUGAAGAAAUUGGUCUUAUUGGUUCUAGAUAUCAUGUUGAACAGGCUUCUUUACCAAGCACUACUAUUGUAGGUGAACGUUUACAAGAUUAUCUUGUUAAUUUAAAUUAUGAUAUGUUAGCCGGUCCUAACUAUCGUUUUGGUAUUCAUGAUAGUUCAACAGCUCCAUCAACAACACCCGAAACAGCUCUACAUGGUACUCGUCAAAUUACGGAUCUCUUUCGUCAAUGGUUUAAUCAACAAAAACUUCCUUGGAGUAAUUCUUCACUCGGAGGUGGUAGUGAUUAUGUUCCAUUUUUGGCUGCAGGCUUAGCAGUCGGUGGAGUCAACACUGGAGCUGGAGGGAUUAAACCAGUUAGUGAACGAGAUCAAUAUGCAGCAAUAUUAGGAAUAGGAAACGGUGGAAUAGCUAAUGCUGCCCAUGAUACAUGUUACCAUCAACAAUGUGAUAGAAUUAGAAAUAUUAAUCCGUUUGCAUACGAGAAAGUUGUUAAAUCAGCUGCUCAUGCUAUUGAAUAUCUUGGAAGAUUGAAUGAUUUAGAAAAAUGGCUUUAUCCACAAGGUCGACCAAAGAACUUUACACUGCUCAACACAAAUCAAUUAUAUAAUUUUCAUAAUGAUCCUGAUCUUAUUUGA